AUGGCGACAAACCGCGCCUCAACUGCUAAUGGCGGUAAUGCCGCGCCGGAGAAGUCGUACUUUGAGCAACAGCGUGAGCUCCUAGUGACUGAAAUCGCUCAGAGUCUGGAACUCGUCCUCCAAAACAUCAACAAGCUCAACCGCUCGCUCGAAGAGGUCACUCAGGUUGGCAACGAAUUCGCGCCUGUGGAGUCGCUAUGGAGUCACUUUGAGAACGUCAUGGCGAAAGACCCAAAUGAGAGUCAGGAAGGAGGACAUGAGGGGCAGACGGAACAUGAAGAGGGGGAGGAGACGGAGUUCACUGAGCAUCAGAAGUGAGAAAAAACGGUUAGUUUGGAUGGUGAUCAAUGCAUACGAUGCGAGGGGAAUGCAUCUGUUAGGCGUUAUGUAUUCAGGAUCACGGAAGAUACCCAGGAAGGCAGGAUGAGGAAGAAUGGCGAGAGACCAUGAGGUAAAUUCACAGAAAGUACAGAACACUAGGCAAGAUGGUGCAGAACUAUGCUUCAGAAUUUACUCCCCAGGCGCAGGCGACUCUGGGCGUGCCCAGGCCUGCUCAAACGCUAAAUACUAACGAAUACAAAUAUAAAAUAAGAAAGUACAGAUGUGAGCUUUUAGAGGGCAAAGCCUCGCUCUUCGCUGCAUCAAUCGCUGUCCAAGAGCAAUUAGAAACGCCACCGAACAAGUACAUGUAGAAACCGCCCUACGAUGAGUUGU